AUGGCGCAGCCGAACCCAGACUGGAGCGACUUCCAGUGGUACACUGACUCCUACCUUCCCAGGCAGACGGUAGCCACCCUCAGGGGCUUUGCCGACAUCAUCCAGAAUCAGACCGGUCGCUAUCUCGGUCUCAAGAACAGCGAGCUGAAGGCGUCAGUGGUCAGAAAAGUGGCGGGAGGCUUUCAACAUAUGAAGGACGCAGGCCAGUACGAGACGUAUCGGACGACGAGGCAGUUGUGCGAGCAGAGAGGAGCUCCAGUCGCGGCUUAUCGGUACCCCCCGCCGCAGGUACCAAUACCGACAUUUGGCGGUGCAGUCCCACCAGCAGCUUAUCCACGGCCAUAUGUCAACCCAUCGGCCCUGCACCAGCUUCCCGUUCCCUCCUCAUCGCACGCUGGCUACUCGGCGGCAGCGCGUGCACCCCUACAAUUGGCAGAUUGGAAAGCCAGCCCGAUGUGGAGACCGAUCAUGGCCGCCACCAAUAUCGAGAUGCUGCCAGAGAUUGGGGUACAAGAGAAUAGCCAUGUCCGGAAGGAGAGGAAGGUGACUUUCACCAUGUCGGCGUUGAUGUCCGAAAAGCUACUACAGACCAAAACAAAUCCUUCUGCGUCUCCUUCGCACUCCCUCCGUCUGUUCUGCUCGUCAAGCGAGUACUUUCGCCCGCCGCAAGAACGAAUCACCUCCCUCAACUCGACCAUCACAAACAAGUCGAUACCGAUCGAUUACCCCGCCGUCCCAGAUGUCAGGGUCGACGACUUGUCAAUACCUUUCAAGGAGCGGGGUCUGAGAGGGAAGGCCGGAAGUGCACCACCGUUCGAUUUGGGCAAGAGCUCGAGGGGGUUGCAGCUGGCCCCUGGGCGGUUGGGCAGUGUCACCUUUGGACAUACGGGCGCAUCGACCGGGAAGCGGAAAGAUAUAAUCAAGAAAUUCUACUUUCAGAUUGUGCUGGUCGAAUGGACGGACAAGGAUGCUCUGGUCAAGAAGCUCCUGGAUCUGCCCGUGACGCCGUUGGAGCAGUGUCUAGACAUGGCCCGGAAAAAGCGCGAAGGAAGUGACGAUAUUGAAGUGGGCUCCUCGAGGAUGUCGCUCAAAGAUCCCCUCUCCUACAUCCGCAUCACACAGCCAAUCCGCUCCACCAAAUGUUCACAUCAGCAAUGCUUCGACGCCAAGUGGUGGGUCGAAAGCAACGCAGUUCACCCCCAAUGGCAUUGCCCUUUCUGCAACAAGGAGCUAUUCUUCGCCGAUCUGAUCGCCGAUGGAUUCUUCUUGUCAAUACUGCAAGCAGUACCAGAAGCGAUAGAGGAGGUCAUCCUCGAGUCGGACGGCGAGUGGCAUAGCGAAGACAACAAAUACGGGUCUCCCGCAUGGCUCGCCUCUCGCUCGGCUCCUGUAGCAGAACCUGAGGCCAAGCCAGUCAUCACCGGCAAGACCAACGGGUACAGCGCUCGGGAGCUGUCACCGUCCACCUCGCCGGUACCUCAGGCAGCAGGAUCCGAUAGCAAGGGCAAGCGGAAAGCCAUUGAAAUCCUAUCCUCGGAUGACGAGGAUGGACCCCUCGCUCGGCCUGGCACAAUCUUUUCCCUUCCUCCCUCCCUCCGACCCUCUGCUCAGCCUCGCGGCUCCUCUUCCUCCCGUCCCUCGGCCGCUCCCAAUGACCAAAGCGUCAUCGACCUCACGCUGUCAGAUAGCGACGACGACGUUGCGGGCCCAAGCAAUCGCGGUGGAGCCGGCGGAGGCGAGGCGGAUUUUCGUUCUCCGGGCGCCGGAUUGACGGGUCGCAGCGCCGCCGGCGCCGCAGCUCGUCCUCCCCCGGCUCGCAACUCUUCUGACCGGAAUGGUCAGAACGGCGAGCUGGACCCGAGCGUCCGGGACCGCAGCGGAGGGAUGAACGGGGGAGGGUAUGGCGGAGCGGGAGGUUCGCAUCUCGCCGCGCACUUCUACUCGCACGAUGAUGGGCUGGCGAUGGGAUCGUAUCGAGACGGUGUGGAUGCGUUUGAUGCGUGGGACGACGGGGAGGCUGGACCGGGAGCGGAAUCGCGGUACCGUACGUAG